AUGGCGAAUCUCCGCCCCACCUGUGUGUCUGCACCUGGCAAAGUACUGCUUGUGGGAGGGUAUGUGGUGCUGGAUGAGCAGUAUUCGGGGGUAGUUCUCUCCGGUACGGCAAGAUUUUACUCCCAAGUGGAGACCAAGGACGCAGUUUCUGCUUCUUCAAGUGAAUGGCAUCAGCUAUUCCCAUUGACAUUGGAGAGUAAACAGUUCGACCAGCGAAUUGACGGUUGGAUCGAGGAAAAUGACGCCAGACGAUUCCGUUUUCAGCUCAGGGAGACUUCACAUCGCAACUCAUACAUUGAGGAGACAGUUCUAUGUGCGCUGAAUGGCAUUGCCGGAUUGCAGGCGCUCAAAAGCAAUGAUACUUUUCAGCAUCUAAAGGAGACGAAUGCCGGUGUUCAUGUUACGCUUCGCGGUGAUAACGACUUCUACUCGCAAGUGCAGAGGUUACAAGAUGCCAAGUUACCACUGCGUCGUGCCCACUUGAAGACACUCGAGGCAUUCCUCCCUCCCACCAUGGAAGAGCGUGGUGGCAAGCAGGUUGCUCUGAAGACUGGCAUGGGAAGUUCCGCAGCGCUUGUGACGUCGCUCGUUGCAGCUCUCGUGGCAUUCUUUGUGCCAUCUAUGAAGUUCGAUGAGGAACAACAGGACCUCGAAGUUGUACACAACCUUGCCCAACUGAGCCACUGCUACGUGCAGCGCAAGAUAGGAAGUGGCUUUGAUGUCUCGGCGGCAUGUUUCGGCUCGCAGCGGUAUACGAGAUUCCCGUCGUCCAUUUUGAACGCAUUCGCGUCUGAAGAUGCGAUGAAACCGGAAGAAAUUGCCCAGUGCAUUACUAACCGCACCUUGUGGAAAACUUCUAGCCGCGUGAAACCCGUUCGACUGCCUUCAAGCUUCCACUUAAUGAUGGGAGACGUAUCUUCUGGUUCGGCUACCGUAUCAAUGGUUCGACAAGUGUUGAAGUGGCAAAGGGAGCAACCUGAAGACGCAAAGCGAGUGAUGGAUGAAAUUCACGGUCACAAUUUGGAAGUCGAGCGAGGCUUUGCUGAAAUCUGCGAGCUGGAAGCCGCCUGCAACAAUCCCAUAGAUUGGGAAGCCAUGGCAACUCAAAGCCGCGAGCAGUGGAGUGCUAUUGAUGCUAGGAUUGGGGCCAUUCUUUUGAGACUCAGUGAAGCCUUCUCUCAUUUUCGAGUCCUCAUGCGGUAA